AUGAAUCGUUUUGCUGAUAUUGAUUUGUCGUUUAAGAAACUGCCACCUGUUUAUGGUUAUCGAAGUCAAAAACUAGUUCCGAUUGAAAAAGCAUUAGAAAAUAUUGUGUCUGAAAUUGGUGAAUUACCAUAUUAUAUAAAGAUUGCUAAAAAGUAUUGCCAUUUUCCAUCGAAACACGGUUUGACGCAUGAUGAAUCUGCUGCUAUUUAUAUUUAUACAAUGGAAUGGGACGAAACUAGUCUAUAUCGUGUAUUAAAUAAAGCAUUACGAUUAGAAAAUCGACAAGCAUUAAAGAUAUGGUUUCCUUACUUAAAAUUAUUUGAUACAGCAUUAGAUAAAUUACCUACUGUGAAAGAAGUUGUAUGGCGAGGUGUGCCUCUUGACAUUGGCAAAAAUUUCACUAAAAAUCAAAUGAUAACAUGGUGGACCGUUAAUUCAUGUUCAUCCUCGGUUGAUGUUAUCAAACAUUUCCUUGGUAAUGAUAGAAAAUCAACUCUGUUUUUAAUCGAAGCUGUUAAUGGAAAAAAAAUUUAUGGUUAUAGUGCUCAUGAAAAUGAAGAUGAAUUUAUUUUACGAAUGGGAACAGAAUUGCGUGUGAAAAGCAAUGCUCUGGAUCAUCCCUAUGGUUCACAUGUCGUACAUUUGAUUGAAGUCGAUGAUAAUAAUGAUAAACCAAUGAUAUCGGAUAUGAAUGAUAUGCAUAUAGCUUCAACAGGUGAAAAUCAACACGCUUUAGGUAAGGCAUAG